AUGAAGCCGAAACUGACAUUCAAAGUAGACGUUACCAACCUUCCGAAACUCGAACGCACAAGAUACCGGAACCACAACAAACUUGCAGACUUUUUCUUGGGCUUCUCUCACACUUCGGGAUUUCCUCUUUCGCUCUGUGACAGCCUUAUUUACGUCACUGACAAGGAUUUAACUCUGACCACCAUGGAAGAUGUAACGUGUGAGAGAAUCAUGAAAAAAAUAGAUGCAGUUUUGAGUCAAGACACUCUACUAGAUGAGUUUGACAUUGUCUUUUCCUUGGGGGAAGUAAACCGGUCUCCUGUUGUCCAUGUUGAGCACAAGCUAGGUCUGGAGUCAUGGUGUGUCAAACAUGUCUAUGCUUAUGCGUAUGCCAAGAUCAUGGGAUCAAAGCAGAACAAGAGACGAGAGGAUCCUUCACAGGUACUUCGUUGGACCCAGUUCUGCCUUCUCAUUGCCCCAGAAGUUGCAACCUUUUGGAAUCUGCGCAAGGUUCUGCUGGGCCAGGGUGACCUGAGUGCCAACCUAGAGCUACACUUCACCAGGCUUAUUCUCUCACGAAAGCCUAAGUGUAUGGAGGUGUUCCAGCACCGUAAGUGGAUGUUUAAAAAUGUUAUAGCAAAGGUAAUUCCUCAGCAGGCAAAUGGGGCCAAUGGUGUCGAUCCAGAGCAUCACAAUGGCAAUGGUGUUGUUUUCCACUCGGAACACAUUGAGAGGUUCCUGUUUGCUGAGUUGGACCUCUGUACUUGGGCAGCUAACAAACACCAGAACAAUUAUCAUUCUUGGAAUCACCGAUUAUGGGUCAUACAGCAGUUCGCAACAUAUGUGGGACUUGUGGAUGUUUGUCGAGCAGAGUAUGAGGAAAGCCAUAAGUGGAUAAGCGUCCAUGUUAGUGAACACAGUGGACUUCACUACUUGCAGUAUCUACUUAAUUUUGAGAAUGUAAGUGAAAUUGUUCCAUAUGUGAACUCAGUCACAAAACUAUACCAGAGGGAGCUGGACUUUAACCGAGACCUGAUUGAAGAAUACGAAGACCAUGAGGCACUCUUCUGCCACCGACGUUUCUUGCUAACACGCCUGAGAGAUCUCCUGUGCUCCUCACCCCAAAGAACAUGUUCCCCUCCUCCGCCAGCACUCAAGAGGUCAUGUGUUGAAACUGUAAACAGUGAGUGGAGUUCAGUCCUUCUUGGAGAACACUUUCUGAUAGAGAAAUGUACUCAGAAGAAAACAUAUCAGAAAACCCUAGGAGAGAAGCAUGCUCAGUGGUUAAAUAAUGUCAUAGGCAUUUGAUUCCCUGUAUUGAAGUAGCUAAGCAGAGGUUGUCAUUUUAGGCAGCAUUAUAUGCAUAGUAAUUUUCAUAUUUUUAUAGGAUUUGUAAGGCAUAUCCAUAUCUCCCUCAGAAAAAAAAAUCCAUAGAAUUGAUUGCUAUACUGGGGAAGUGU